AUUUUGUGUGGCGGAGAGGCCUGUUUAUUUACAAACAGUGCAUUUUGUGAAAUAAGAUUAAAAACAAAAAUUACAGUGAAAAAGCAUUUCUCGUGUCGUGACACCUUUUUAAGAAACGCGUGAUCGAGUCGUACCCUGAAGAGGUCUCUGUCAGGUGAGCCAAGCUGAGCACUGGGCUGGGUUGGGGUGGUUUUGGGGUUUUUUUUGGGGGGGGUGGGGGGUUGACUGACCCUGGUCAAGUUGCAGAAGAACAGGUACAAUUAAUAAACGAGUCGCGCUGCGUUAUUAAUAUUCUCAUAAAUACAGAACUUAGGAGAGAGAAGCGGAGGCGACCAUUUGGAUAAUUUUCCGAAUCUGCGAGACUUUACAAAAAAUCUACAACAUCGAUUUAAUAACAAAGAAUAUAGAUACAUAUCUAAAACGAGAAGCACCGGACUCGCUGCCGAGAUGCCUGCGAAGAGGAAGCCGGUACCCCCGGCCUUAAACAUCACCCCUUCAGCGGGGGAGGGAACGCCUCCGACAACCUCGGUCGAAGCCGCCUCCGAGGCUAACCUGGAGGCCCUGCAGAAGAAGCUGGAGGAGCUGGACCUGGACGAGCAGCAGAAGAAGCGUCUCGAGGCGUUCCUCACGCAGAAGGCCAAGGUGGGCGAGCUGAAGGACGACGACUUCCACCGGAUCUGUGAGCUCGGCGCAGGCAACGGGGGUGUGGUCACCAAGGUGCGACACAAACCCUCGGGGCUCGUCAUGGCCAGGAAGCUCAUCCACCUGGAGAUCAAGCCUGCGAUCCGGAACCAGAUCAUCCGGGAGCUGCAGGUGCUGCACGAGUGCAACUCCCCCUACAUCGUGGGCUUCUACGGGGCCUUCUACAGCGACGGGGAGAUCAGCAUCUGCAUGGAGCACAUGGACGGCGGCUCUCUGGAUCAGGUACUGAAGGAAGCCAGGAGAAUCCCGGAGGAGAUCCUUGGAAAAGUCAGCAUAGCGGUUCUCCGAGGCCUGGCCUAUCUCAGGGAGAAGCAUCAGAUCAUGCACAGAGAUGUCAAACCCUCCAAUAUCCUGGUGAACUCUCGCGGGGAGAUCAAGUUGUGUGAUUUCGGGGUGAGCGGGCAGCUCAUCGACUCCAUGGCCAACUCCUUCGUCGGGACCAGGUCCUACAUGUCUCCGGAGCGCCUGCAGGGGACGCACUACUCUGUGCAGUCGGACGUGUGGAGCAUGGGCCUGUCCCUGGUGGAGCUGUCGAUCGGGCGCUACCCCAUCCCCCCGCCCGACGCCCGCGAGCUGGAGGCCGUGUUCGGCAGGUCGGUGGGGGCCGGAGCCGACGGAGCCCCCCCCAGCACCUCCCCCAGACCCAGACCCCCCGGCAGGCCUGUGAGCGGCCACGGGAUAGACAGCCGCCCCGCUAUGGCGAUUUUCGAGCUGCUGGAUUACAUCGUCAAUGAGCCUCCUCCCAAACUUCCGCACGGAGUCUUCACCCCGGACUUCCAGGAGUUUGUCACCAAAUGCCUCAUCAAGAAUCCUGCAGAGAGGGCUGACCUGAAGAUGCUAAUGAACCACACAUUCAUCAAGCGCUCCGAGGUGGAGGAGGUUGACUUUGCUGGCUGGCUGUGUAAGACGAUGGGACUGAACCAGCCCAGCACCCCGACCCGCACUGCAGUGUAAAGGGGCAGCAAGCCGGGCGCGGGGAGGGAGGUGCUAAGCUUCCCUGUGUCUGUCUGUCUGUACAGCGCCAGGAUCCACCACUCCUCCUCCUCCUCCUCCUUGUUACUCCUCCCGGGCCUCAGCAAGUGGCUCAUUCAUUCUUUCUUUCUUUCUUUCUUUCUUUCUUUCUUUCAGGCAGUCAAAACGCCUGUCAUUAAAUUUAUUAUGCUCCUUUCUGCAGCUGUACAUUCAAUUCAGCAGUGUUGAGCGUUUUUGUAAUAGUUAUGGGUGAUCCAGAACAGGCAGGCUUGAGGCAGGGGUCUCUCUGCUCUCUGCUCUGUCUCUCUCUGUGUGUGAGCCGGGUUGUAAUACUGUAAAAAGUGGGGUGGGGGUGGUCCUGAGCUCUUGUACACAAAGGGGAUCACACUCCCCCACCCCACCGACACGCAUCUUCAGACAAGUUCAUCAGAACAAUAAGCUGAGAGUGAGGUUCCAGCGCAGACGCCUGAUAAUCUCUCCUAGCGCGGGACAGUCUGCUUCUCUGACCACAAACAAACCUCUUAACUCAUGGAAUGUUUCUUGGGUUUAAUUAUCUUGCUGUUUCAUUUUUUUUUUCCCACCCCACUUCAUUGUUUUGAUCUGGGUAUACUUACCAUUUUUUUAUUUUUGUAACGACAAUAUCAGAGUGUGAAUCCGCCUCGACGAAAAUCACAACAAAAACGUGCAUCAGCCUUUUUUAAUUUCGUUUGACAAGUAAAACAUGUAGAUUGAAUGUAUAAUUUAAGUAAAGUGUUAAAAUAAUAAUAGUAAUAAUAAGGUGGUGAUUUCUGUUCUUGUCUGUGGUGUGAAGCAGUGCUCUGUGUUUUGACUCUCGAAGUGGAGGUGAUGAACAGGGCCGGGAUCGUUCUUGUUUUUCGGUUCCUUUUGAAAGUCAAGUUGAUGUUUUCGAGACGUCUCCAGUAAUUGUUGCUGCUUGUUCCGCUGCUUCCAUCUUCAGUUCCAGUCAUUGGCUGUCGCUGUGAGGGAUGUCCUGGAUUUGAUUAAAAAUGGGAUUUUGGGAACCGAUUCUAAAAAGGAAACUGGAAUUGUCCCAGAGCCCUGGACGAUGACUCUCUUUGUGUCCAGUCCUGUGUGAUUCAGGAUCAAGUGCUUUUAGCGAGUCUCGCAUGUGGGACGGCUUUCCCUUCUCCUCCCUUUUCUUAAAAGGUUUUUGUUUUGUGUUUACCCCCCCUCCCUCCCCCGCUGUGUUUGGAUUUCAAAGGGUUACUGAAACAUUCUUUGUAAAAGGUGUUGUGGUUUGUUUUUUUUUUUGUUUUUUUUCGAUAUUGGUAAUAAAUGGCACUUUACAUCGCAACAAAAAAAA